GCGCGGCUGUUCGCUGUAGUCAAGAUAGUAGAUUGAACUAGAGAAGUGAUAGCUAAACUUUAGCAACAAUGGAGUGGACCCCGAUGGAAAUCAAUCCAGAGAUGCUGAACAAGAUGAUGGGAAAGCUGGGCGUUGGUGAAAGCUGGCGCUUCGUCGACGUGCUGGGGCUGGAGGGUGAGCAGCUCUCCUCCGUGCCGAAGCCGUGCAGUGCCUUGAUGCUGCUCUUCCCCUUAACGCAACAGCAUGAGUCUUUCAGAUCUCAGCAAGCUGAUAAGGUUUCAGGAGGUUCUGAGGCUUAUUUCUUGAAGCAGACAGCAGUCAAUUCCUGUGGCACCAUUGCCCUGCUGCAUGCUGUGGCCAACAACAAAGACAAAAUGACUUUUGAUGGUGCCUCUGCCUUGAAGAAAUUUCUGGAUGAGACGGCAAAUAUGUCUCCUGAUGACCGUGCCAAACAUCUGGAGAAAAACAAAGUAAAGUCAAUGUUAGACCUGUGUUGGACAACUUCAUAUGAGAUUGCUGUUAUGAGCAGAUUAUUCAUUUUGUCUCAACCUUCACAGCCAGAAGCCGAUAAAGUCAACUUCCACUUUAUUGCCUUCGUCAAUGUAAAUGGACAGCUGUAUGAAUUUGAUGGGAAAAUAAAUGGACCAGUGAACCACGGUCCUACCAAAGAGGAGUCCUUUGUAAUGGAUGCAGCCAAAGUGUGCCGUGGAUUUAUGGAGAGGGAGAAAGGUGAAGUGCGCUUCUCUGCGGUGGCUCUCUGUCAGAAUUAAGAUGUUUAGUAGGACACAAAACUGAGCAAAUUGUAAACCAAAAUGUCCUGGAGCGUUCACAUGGCAAACAAUCAACAGGCAACCUGUGUGCGCAUACAUCUGCAGACACUAUGCACUAAAGCACAUUGUUUCCACAUUUCUCUUAUUUCAUGAACAAAGUCUUGUUUAGCAUUAACACAUGUACACAAACACAAUCAGAGCCCUUUGUUCUGCAGACACUAACAGUACAAGCCUGUCCAUACAGUUUAAUGUGGUUUAGCUGUGAAUCUGUACAGCAUGUGGUCAUUACCACUGCUUGUGUGCACAUGUCUGCAAGUUUUUUUUCCACUGCAUCUGUGUCGAGCUCAGAAGACUGAUGUUAAAAUACCUUUUGUGCCAACAAGUGUGACAGAUGAGACAAAAGAUGUUGAGGGAAGUUUUGUUUCUGAAUCCCUUUAGUUUCUGUGUGGUUGAGUUCUUAAUCUGAUGUUCUGCUGAAUAGCCCAAAUGUAUCUGUAGGAAUAAUCAACCAUUGUUUAGAGCAAGGAAGAAACCUUCUCACUGUUUUGAAACGUCUCUGGAAAAUUGAGGUUCUUUCUGAUAAGCUUGAGUUUAGUGUGAGCGCAAAUCAGUUCAGUUCAUUGUGGUGUUCAAAAAAUGAACAGGCACCUUAUUUAAAAACCUAAGGAUCCACAAAUGAUCAAACUCACAUACCCUUACUGUGCCAGUUUAACAGAUAAUACAACUUCCAAAGUAAAGUAGGGAACAUCUGAAGUGCUACUGUAUGUUGGUUGUUGUGCAGUGCUGGGUGUCUGGCUGUGUUUGAAUUGUUUACCUUUCUGCACUUUCAAAUCCUAUGUUGCUGUCGUUAUACUGUUAAUACAGCUGUGGGAAUAUAAUAAAGCAACUGUUGUCUCCUUG